AUGCCAAUUCUCUGGGUCACUGCACAGGACCAUGAAGAACCCAUGCUUUCUUUUGACAGUGUCAAGGAGUGUCCCCCAUUUGGGGACAGUGACAACCUCUGGUGGGAUGCGUUUGCCACUGAGUUUUUCGAAGAUGAUGCCACAUUAACACUUUCAUUUUGUUUGGAAGACGGACCAAAGCGAUACACUAUCGGCAGGACCCUCAUCCCCCGUUAUUUUAGCACCGUAUUUGAAGGAGGGGUGACUGACCUGUAUUACAUCCUCAAACACUCAAAGGAGUCUUACCACAACUCAUCCAUCACGGUAGAUUGCGACCAGUGUGCCAUGGUCACACAACAUGGGAAGCCCAUGUUCACCAAGGUAUGCACAGAAGGCAGGCUGAUCUUGGAGUUCACGUUUGAUGACCUCAUGAGAAUAAAAACGUGGCACUUUACCAUUAGACAGUACAGGGAGCUGGUCCCCAGAAGCAUACUAGCCAUGCAU